AUGGCUAAACAGACAUCUUUCUUUGAAAGAAGUGAUGACCUUCUUGACAGCAGACCAGAGAUCAAGGAGAAGUAUUACUAUUCCAUCUAUGAAAUGGUAGUCCGUGGAAGCUGCUCCUGCUAUGGUCAUGCUUCUCGCUGUCUGCCACUACCAGGCUUGCCAAAUAGAUCAGACAUGGUUCAUGGACGCUGUGAGUGUACCCACAAUACCAAAGGUUUGAACUGUGAGCAGUGUGAAGCUUUCUACAAUGACUUGCCAUGGAGACCUGCCAGAGGAAACCAGUCAAAUGAGUGCAAAAAAUGUGAGUGCAAUAAUCAUGCCAGCAGAUGUCACUUUGAUCCCGCCGUGUACGAGGCCACGGGACGUGUCAGUGGAGGUGUUUGUGAUGACUGCCAACACAAUACUAUGGGUCGUAACUGCCAGGAAUGUAAGCCAUUUUACUAUCAAGAUCCCACCAAAGACAUCAGGCAUCCAGAAGUUUGCAAACCCUGUGACUGUGACCCCAAGGGUUCUGAGAACAGUGGCGAGUGUGAGAGUCGCUCAGACCCAGAGCACAACCUUGUGGCAGGACGCUGCUUCUGUAAACGGUUUGUAGACGGACCCAGGUGUGACACAUGUAAAAAUGGCUACUGGAACUUGCGCGAAGAAAGCAUCGAUGGUUGUGAACCCUGUGAAUGUAACACCUAUGGCACCGUGGGGAACUUUGGCUGUAACAAGAUCACUGGUGUCUGCACCUGUAAAAGAUUUGUCACAGGAAGGAACUGCGACCAAUGUCUGGCAGGUUACUGGGGGCUUGGCCCAGAUGUAGACGGCUGUAAGGCCUGCGACUGUGACUUUGGUGGUGCCCUGAACAACAUGUGUGAACAGACAACAGGGCAGUGCGCCUGUAGGCAGAAUAUCAUUGGCCGUCGCUGUGAGCGACCGCGACCAGGAUAUUUCAUCACUAAUCUGGAUUAUCUGGUUUAUGAGGGCGAGUUUGCCAGAGGCACUGGGAAUUACCAGGUGGUGAUCCGUGAGCCUGUAGCAGGACGUCCCACCACUUGGACAGGUCCUGGGUUUAUGCGGGUCAGCGAGGGGGACUCCCUGGUUUUCACCGUGGACAACCUGCCUUCCUCUAUGGAGUAUGACAUUGUCAUCAGAUAUGAGCCACAGAUGCCAGAUCGUUGGGAUGAUGUUCGCGUGACUGUGGAAAGACCAGGGCGGGUGGACCAGAACAGUGUCUGUGCCAACAGCAUUCCUCAAGAUGACUUCAAGGCUACCAGUCUGCCCGCAGGUAUUCGUUACUACACAGUUUCCCCGCCAUCUUGUUUAGAGACAGGUGUUUCAUAUACCAUCAAACUAGAAUUCAACAGGUACAAGAGUGACAGAGCUACACCUGAUGCCACUGCCCUGAUUGAUUCAAUUGUCCUUGUCCCAAGAAUAAACAGUAUUCCUGGAACCCCACAGGAGAUCACCACGGAUUUCGAGCGCUACCGCUGCCGAGAAGACCAGCUGACGGCAGCCAGGCCAGACCUUGCUGAGGUUUGCAAGAAAUACCUCUUCAGUUUAGGAGCCAUCAUUCACCAACAAGCUCUUGACUGUGAAUGUGACCCCACAGGCUCCGUGAGUGCCGUGUGCGACCCCUCUGGUGGUCAGUGUCAAUGUAAACCAAAUGUCAUAGGAAGGCGCUGUGAUAAGUGUGCACCAGGAACGUAUGGAUUUGGACCACAGGGAUGCUUAGCCUGUAACUGUAAUGCUCUCGGCUCCCGCGACAAUUUCUGUGAUGUGACUUCUGGCCAGUGUCUGUGUAUCCCUAACGCCUAUGGUCGCCAGUGUGACCAGUGUCAGCGCGGGUAUUAUAACUUCCCCAACUGUCGCCUGUGUCAAUGUAAUGGCCAUGCUGACACGUGUGAGGACACCACAGGGCGAUGUAUUGGAUGUAGAGAUUACACUGCUGGAGACAAUUGUGAACUAUGUGUCCGUGGUUACUAUGGAGAUCCCAGACUUGGCGCCAACAUUCCAUGUCGUGCCUGCCCAUGUCCUGGCGGCCAAGGCAGUGGAUUCCAACAUGCAGACACGUGCAGCUUGACCAGAGAACAAAACGUCCGCUGUGACUGUCGCCCUGGAUACACGGGUGAUCGUUGUGAUCGCUGUGCUGAUAACUUCUAUGGCAACCCAGUUGUACCUGGCGGGGAAUGCAGGGCAUGUUUCUGUAAUAAUAAUAUUGAUCCUGACGUACCUGGUAGCUGUGACCCUGUCACUGGGGAAUGUUUGAAGUGUCUGUACCAGACUGAGGGCUACAGCUGUGAGAGGUGUAAGGAGGGUUACUAUGGAGAUGCAACAAGGCAGACAUGUCAGGCAUGUGUGUGUAACAUUCUCGGCACAAACCGCUCCAUGGGAGCUUGUGACAUUGUCACUGGACAGUGUCCAUGCUUGCCCAAUGUGAUUGGACGAGCUUGUGACCGGUGUGCUCCUAACCACUGGAAACUGGCCAGCGGUACUGGCUGUGAGGCCUGCAACUGUGACCCUGAUGGCUCUCUGUCCACUCAGUGUAAUGAGUUUGAUGGCCAAUGUGAAUGUAAGCCAGGAAGAGGUGGGCUGACAUGUGGAGAGUGUGAGGCAUUCUACUGGGGCAACCCUAACAUAGCUUGCUAUCCCUGUGAUUGUAACCGGGAAGGGUCAGCCAGCCUGCAGUGUGACCGCCGUACUGGUCAGUGUGAGUGUCUGGAAGGGGUGGCUGGACACAAGUGUGACCGCUGCGAGAGGGGGACCACUGGCCAGCUCCCCAACUGUGUGCCCUGUGGAGAGUGCUUUGAUAACUGGGACAAGAUCAUUCAGGAUCUGGCGGGAAGGACACGCUUGCUGAUCCAAGAAGCAAAUGAAAUCAAAAUUCAGGGUGUAAGCAAAGCCUACGAGCAGGUGUUCCGUGAGAUGGAGAGCAAACUUGACCAGGUUCGCCAGCUAAUCGAAAACGCAAAUGUCUCUGUGGCUGAUAUUGAGGGGCUAAAACUUAAGCUGGAACAGCUCAGAACCCAGUUGGAUGGCCAGGCCAACUCUGUUCAGGGAGUUGAAGAUGGAGUGAAGGAAGCAGGAAGAGAAAUUCUGAAGACGGAAAAUAGCAUUCAGGUUCUACGUCUUGGCAUUAAUGGACUAAGACAAGCCGCUGAUGAACUGAAGAAGGAAGCUGAGGAACUGAAGGAACAGAAUGUACAAGGUGCGUUUGAAAGUUUACAAAGCAGCCAGAAAAGGUCAGAAGCGGCACAGAAGACCGUGGAUGACACAGAUGACACUGUUGCCCAGUCCAAACAGACAAGAGAACGGGCGGAGCAGUUCAUGGCGGACAACCAGGCUGAGUUCCAGCGUAAGACGCAGGAAAACGAAGAUGCUAUUGAAGAUGUGCAAACUGACAUCGAACUCCUCGAGAAUCAGCUGGCAGAUGUUAACAACAUGGUAUGUGAUGGGCGUGGCACACCAUGUGAUGUGCUAUGUGGUGGAGGAGGAUGUGGCAAGUGCGGCAUUAUAGGUGGCGGUCAAAGCUGCGAUGCAGGUGCCGUGACCAAGGCGAACAACUCCCUCUCCCUGGCUAAACAGACAGAAGAUACUCUGGCAGAGAGGUCAAAGAAUCUGCAAGACUUACUUGGAGAGGUAGAAGCAGUGGAAGCAGAUGCCUCAGUGGCAAAGAGCGAGGUACAGGCCGCAUUUGACAAAGCUGAGCAAGCCAAGAACAUGUCUGAGUCAUCUCGAACAGAGUUACAGAAACUACUGGAAUCAAUUGCAGAGUUCCUCACCAAGGGUGGGGCUCGCCCAGAAGAUAUCCGUCAGGUCGCAGAAGAGGUUUUGGCAAUGAGUAUUUCACUGACACCAGAGGAAAUAGAAAAUUUGGCUGCGGAGAUUAACAAAACUGUCAUUGGACUUACCAAUAUUGACGAGAUUUUGGAUGCCACCAGGAGUCGGAAUGAAACGGCUCACAAAUUGCAGGAAGAAGCUAAAAAAGCCAGUGCUGAUGCGGCCACCAUCUUGGACACAGCGCGUAAGGUGUCUGACCGCCUGGACUUGGCCGAAGAGGCUCAGGACAAAGCCCAGAAGGCUAUAGACCAAGCCAAUGAGAAUAUUAAGGAGGCAGAAACACAUCUCACUCAGGUUGAAUCAGAGACGGAUGCCGCACUGGGCAAAGCCAAUGCUUCCCUGGAAGCUGUCCAGAACUUGACCACAAAACUGGAGGAUGUCAAGAAGAAAUAUGUCCAGAAUGAACUCAGCGUCCAGCGAGCCAAAGGGGAGGCUGACGGAGCCAUGAAAAUGGCCAAUAAGGCAGAAUCUGAUGCAGCAGACUUGGAGACCAAGUACCAGGAUGCUUCUGCUCAGCUAGAGGCCAAAUACAACAUGACCAAGGAUGCAAAAGAGAGAGCAGUCCAACUUAAAAAUAAUGCAACAACUUUGGCACAAAGUACUCAGUUUAAACUGUACCAACUUCGAACAAUGGAGCGAGAUUUCAUGGAAAGAGAGAAGUCUUUGACAGAGCUUUCUGGCGAGAUUGAGGCCCUGCUUGCACGAAUGAAACUUCUCACUCAAGAAAUCCAGGAAAAGUCUGAUUUCUAUCGAGAUUGCCAGCCCUAAUAAGUAAUCUGGUGAAUCAAACAGUGGAUUAAAUAGUAGAGAAAAAAUUCAACAUUCAUCUGACAGGUCAACGGAACUCUUCUUGGGAUUGAACUCUAGGUAACCUCCAAGCCAAAAGGUCAAAUGUUAACUUUUGGGACGUUGUUCUGUGUUUCUAUGUUUAACUUAUUAAAACUGAGAACAGGUCACAUGGUGCUCCAUCAUGUGCUGCCAUCUAUACUAGUGUAUGUAAGUAAUAAAUGAUGGAGAAAUGCUUUUAGAUUUUAUUGUUAUAAUUAAGUCAUUUAGUAAUUACUCACAAAUUUCAUACAAUUCAUAUAUGUCCGAUUUUUCCAGAAAUUUUGAAAGUGUGCUUUCAUACAUAUCCAACAAAACCAUUUAAGGAAGAUUUUUUCAGAUAAUUACUAUAUAUGUCACUUCCUUAGAAGAAUAUUUGAUAGAAACAAAGUAUCAGUUACAAAUAUUGAUAUUGAUAAAAGUAAGUAAAUCUUAAGGAGAGCAUCAAGCCAUUGUUUUUGCAUUAUAGAUACCUUGUGUCUUUUUUGUAGUUUUUCCAAAUGGUUAAAAUGGUUGUUCCAUUUUCUCCAAACAAAAGUUAGAAAAAGGCUGUAUAGCAUUCCAAUCUACUUGCCCCUACUUAAAGUAGGUUUAAAAUACAGCACUGUCAUCUUACGUGUAAUGCCAAUAGUAUUAACAUGGAAAGAAUGUGUUCAUUUAUAUAAGUGUAAAUAUUUCUAGGAAAAGUUUAUUGCAUGUAAUUAUAGGGUGCAACUUAUAUUAUGUCCCACCGCUAGAUUUUUUGAUAAAUGAAUUGUAUGAUAAAUUAUACAAAUGAUAACGGUGAAUUAUUCCACAUAACUGCUCUCCAGUCUUUGUUUACUAGAUAACAGAGGCACUGAACUGUAAAUCAUACUUUAAAAUGGAUUGGAUAUUUUUUAAUUUUUAAUUUGUUUACUUGAGGCACUGUUUUCUCAAGGAAUAAAUAGGCUUGGUUUCUUUAUCAUGUUAUAUAAGAAAAUUGAUUGGUACAUUGAUAUAGCUGUAACACUGCCAGGGUUUUUUACUUGACCCAGAAUCUCGUGUUUACGCUUUUUAAAACUCGUAUGUUCUGUCAGCCCAUUUUAAGCACAGUCAUGCCUAUGUUUAGCACCACUUUGUAUCAUGGUAUCAUAUUGACUGAAGCAGUUGGUGAAAUCACAUACAUAUGAUACUUGAGCAUUGGAUUUAAGUUUUACUGUACACUUUAAAUGAAAGUAAGAAGUGUAAGCUGCACAACCAAAUAACUGGCCCACACAUUCUUUAUUGUAAAUUUUAAUUUGAGUGUGUA